AUGUCGUUCCUACAAAAUGAUAAGCUAUUGCGAUCAUCACUACCUAAAACAAUAUUGUACUGGUCCGGACUUGGGGCUAUUCGCGAAAAGCAUGCGAUCCCCAAGCAUUUGGAAAAAAUUGCCAAAGACAAAGAUCCACCAUUUGCACAGAUGGUUGAGUACUAUUAUCAUUCGGCGGCUCAGCUUAUGGAGCCUAUGAUGAUAAAAGAACUGGAGAAGUAUCCGUACAUGAAGAAGGAACAGCGUGAACGACGUGUUUCGGCCAUGCUGCAAUUGAUCGGCUCAACCACCAAUUUAUUGGAAGUUACCUUCCCUAUAAUAAAAAGUGAUGGUUGUUACGAGCUAAUUACCGGCUAUAGAGCACACCAUACCAGACAUCGAUUGCCACUCAAAGGAGGUAUACGUUUCGCCAUGGACGUAGAUGCCGAUGAGAUACGUGCUUUGGCUUAUCUGAUGGCGUUUAAGACGGCUUGCGUAAAUGUGCCUUUCGGUGGUUCCAAGGGCGGCAUACGGAUCGAUCCCAAAAAGUAUACUGCACACGAGCUGCAAACGAUUACUCGUCGCUAUACAAUGGAGUUGUUACGACGCAACAUGAUAGGUCCUGGUAUAGAUGUACCAGCACCAGAUGUGAAUACCAGCGAACGCGAGAUGAGUUGGUUGGUGGAUCAGUAUAUUAAAACUUUUGGCUACAACGAUGUGAAUGCUUUAGCCAUCACGACUGGUAAGCCAGUAGCAAUUGGUGGUAUAAAUGGUCGUACUGCCGCCACAGGACGUGGUCUGUUUAAGGCAGCUGAAUGUUUUAUUAUGGAUCAAGAUUGGAUGAAUUUAUUAGGCUGGAAAACUGGUUGGAAAGAUAAAACAGUGAUCGUGCAAGGUUUUGGUAAUGUCGGUUCAUAUGCAUCUGUUUUCGUAGUAGAAGCUGGUGCCAAACUAAUCGGUGUGCAAGAAAUUGAUGUAUCACUUGUAAAUGAUAAUGGCAUUGAUCCUAAGGAUUUAAUGGACUAUUAUGCAAAAAAUAAGAAAUCCAUCAAGGGCUAUACGAAAGCUACUGAAAAAAGCGGAAGUCUGCUAGGUGAAAAAUGCGAUAUACUAAUGCCUUGCGCUACACAAAAGGUUCUCACUGCUGAAAAUGCCAAUAGUGUACAAGCAAAGAUGAUUUUGGAAGGCGCUAAUGGUCCUUCGACGCCUGCUGCCGACGAAAUAUUACGUAAAAAGAAUGUACUCAUUAUACCAGAUAUGUAUUGUAAUGCUGGCGGUGUAACGGUAUCUUACUUUGAGUACUUAAAGAAUAUCAAUCAUGUAUCUUAUGGUAAAAUGAACGUGAAACGCGAAAAGUCUAUAAUCAAUGAGAUUUUCAACUCCAUCAAUGAAUGCAAUGAUAAAUUUGCGCCGAAUAAAAAGUUGGAGCUUAUUCGAGACUGUACGAAGGAGGCGGAUAUUGUAGACGCUGGGCUGCAAACAGUUAUGGAGACUGCUGCAGAAGGCAUAAAAUAUGUGGCCAAUGAAUACGCUCUGUGCAAUGAUUUGCGCACGGCAGCUUUCAUAUAUUCGAUUUCCAAGAUUUUUCUCGCCUUAGAAGUAACGGGUAUUUCUCAGCAGUAGUUAUUGAUUGUUUCAGAAAUGAUUUGGCGAUCAUUUUAAAAUGUAACAUAUAAAGACUAACGUUUUAACUCUCAAACUGGUCAUAAAUAGUGUUUUUGAUGGAGCUAAAAUGAUGUCAGUCCAAAUAUUUUUCAAUC